AUGCCUCGUCAAGUCGCCCCUCCCCCAUCUGGAGAGUUCCAGGUUACACUCUCCAAGCCUUUCUCUGGCACACCAACCCAGCAGAUCGAAGUCAUCGGUGGUCACCACGGCUCAGCCUCGAUCCGCCGCACAAACACAUCGAACAACGGCACCUCGGACGAGAAGAAGGGCGAUGUUCCCGCCGAUGACGUCAAGGAGCUGUUAUCCCUCGUCUCCUCCCUCCGCGGGUUCCCCUCCAGCGCAAGCAAGGACCUGUACGGUGCGGACGUCAAGGUAGAUUUCAACACGAUGGAGAUCCAGUGGAGCAACGGUGACGACGACUCGGCGGCGGAUGUUGUCGGUGAGAUUGCAGGCGAGCAGAAGGAUGAGUUCAAGAGGGUGGCGGACAGCAUUGAGGCGCUUGCGAGGACUUUUGCGAAGAAAGACUCGGCUGUCUAA